AUGUAUAGAACUAUCACAGAAAAGACAAAUACGGUCGCGACUGUCUACGAUUACAAGAAAGAUAUAAGGCUGAGCGUUCAGCUGAUUCGUUGGAUGAUGGAGAUGAUUGGCACAUGGCCAAAAUCUACCAUGAUCUCAUCGAUAGAGAGAUACGCGUACACGCUAUUAAACGUUAUUUGUAUCGCUUUGAUUAGCUUCCUCGUCGUACCCGCCAUCAUCUACAUAGUGCUUGAAAUGGAUAAUGGAUACCUUAUCUUGAAACUUUCCGGAGCGUUGAGUUUCUGCGUAUUGGCCAUCGUGAAGUAUUUUUCGCUAAUUUUUCAUAAAGAAGAUAUUCGCAAUGGUAUCAAGUAUAUCGAGAGUGACUGGAUAAAUACUCGGUAUUACAAUGAUCGGAUCACGAUGAUUAGAAGCGCGAAAUUUGGCCAGCACCUCGUGGCAAUUUGUAUGUUCUUCAUGUACGGCGGUGCCAUUUUUUUCUAUCUUGCUCUACCAUUCAGUGCCAGCAAAAUUACAGAAGAUGAGGGUAAUCUAACAUAUCGGCCAUUGGUAUAUCCAGUCGCCAGAGUGAUUAUCGAUGUACGACACAGUCCUGUCAGGGAGAUUUUUUUUUGGAUGCAGUGCUUAUCAGGUUUUCUCGCUCACUCUAUCACUGCCAGUGGAUGCAGCUUAGCUGCCGUAUUCGCGAUGCACGCUUAUGGUCGCAUGGAGAUUCUGAUACAAUGGAUCGAGCACUUGAUAGACGGACGAAAAGAUUUAUGUGAUAACAUGAAUGAGAGAUUGGCGAUAAUUAUAGAGCAUCACGUACGAAUUUUACGUUUUAUAUCAUUAACGGACAGAAUAUUGCGUGAAAUAUCUGUCGUGGAAAUUGUACAAUGUACAGUAAGCAUGUGUCUUCUUGGAUAUAAUAUUAUCAUGGAAUGGGAGAGCCAAAAGACUACAAGUUAUAUAACAUAUACUGUUCUUCUUCUAUCUUUUACUUUUAAUAUUUUUAUAUUUUGCUAUAUCGGCGAACUUAUUGCCGAAAAGUACAAGAAGAUCGGUGAGGUAUCAUACACAAUCGACUGGUAUCGUAUGUCUGGAAGAAAAAGCCUCGAUAUUGUGUUAAUGAUCGCUAUGUCCAAUACAUCAAUCAAAUUUACCGCCGGAAAUAUUUUUGAGUUGUCUUUCACUACUUUUGGAAAUGUGGUUAAAACGUCGGUUGCUUACUUUAACAUGCUGCGUACAUUAAAUAUAUAA